GAGAGACGGAAACGAGCAGAAGGCCCGAUCGGGCUAGGGUAGGAUCAGAGACGGAGGUUCACGCACGGGUUUGGCGUCGACGGAGGCCGGUUUGGCCGGAGGUAGGCGGGUCCGGCGAGUCGACGGGAAGCUUGGAGGCUGGCUAAGGCACGAAUCAGCUUCACUGUGCAGAGGAGUCGGCAGCCAGAAGCAGCGGUUGGUCGGAGUAGGUGAGAUCAAAAACUUACAGGUCAACACAGGUGAGCCGUAGUGGUUGAUGGUUGUGGUUAAGAGAAGCUGAUGGUGACGAUAUUUGUAUUAUGAAUUUUAGUUUCAAUAAUUGUUCUCAAAAGCUUUUUGCACGUCUUAGAUCUGUGAUCUGUCCACUCCACAAGAAGUUCAUCCAUUCCUCUUUAUGAGAAGCUGGAGCUGAAGCUGAAGCUCUCCCUGCAACAAGUUUCAACUUGGAUCGAACUGAGCUUAUCCAAGCAAUUAGAUAGGGCAAACGAUCGAGAUGGAAUCGGUAGUCAAUUCGCUUGUUUCCAAGGUGCUUGGGACUUUGUACAACAUGGCAAAGGAGGAGCUAGCAAUGCAGUUAAGGUUGGAAGACGAUGUGAAGACGCUUCAGGUCACCCUUGUACGUAUCCAGAACUAUCUCCAAGACUUUGAGAAGAAAAACAUCAAGGAAGUUUCCAUGAAACAAUGGCUUUACCAAAUCAACCAGGACAUCUACGACAUCGAGGACCUGCUCGACGAAUACGCUGCCCUCAGAGACAAUAAUAGUGAAAGCACGAGCAGCAAAGUGGACAAGUCGAGUUCUUCUUUGUCUACAAAGGUACGCUUCUCUUUCCAUGGCAAGUCUUCCAGCAUCAAGAAAGUUGCAUCCAAUCACCGGAUUGGUGUCGAGCUUCAACGGCUUAAUAAACAGUUAAAUGACGAUAUCAAAGGGCAAAUACCCGAAUUAUCGCUUUUGCCUAACUUUGCACCUACUGGUCCGGUGGAGAGCCGGCGAAUAAGAUCGAAUGACAGCACUACUUCUGUAGUGGUCCGUUCAGAUAUAGUGGGCAAUAAAAUACACGAUGAUGCUCGGCGCUUGAUCGAGUUGUUGACCAAAGAGGAUGACCGUGACAACCCUCUUGUAUAUGCCAUCGUUGGAAUGGGAGGGAUUGGCAAAACCACCCUGGCCAAAUUAGUAUUUGAUGAUCACAUAAUCGCAAGCCGCUUUCAGGUAAAUUUGUGGGUCUCUGUAUCCCAGAAUUACAAUGAAAAUGAUAUGCUGAGAAACAUCAUAACAUCUGCUGGCGGAGAUGGUGAGCGUUGUCUCAAUUUUGACUCGCUCAGUAAGAAGGUUAUCGAUAUCGUGAAAGACAAAAGGGUAUUUAUGGUGUUGGAUGAUGUGUGGGAGACUAAGAGAGUAUGGAAUGACAUGUUGAGAAUCUUGCUAAAGAGGGGCGUUGCAGAAGGAAGCAGGGUGCUCGUCACAACAAGAAACGAAGAGGUUGCAGCUCAGAUGAUGGCAGUCCACUCCCAACGCGUGCAGCCAUUGCCUCUGGAAGAUGGGUGGUCACUGCUCUGCAAGUCAGCUUUUCCUGCUUGGGUGCAGCAGAAAGCGAAGAAUGACAAAUGGAACCUCAAAGAUAUCGGCAUAGAACUUGUCAAAAAAUGUGAUGGACUACCACUAGCGAUCAAUGCAAUAGGAGGGAUGUUGUCCAGCCAGAGCAAAACAAGAGAAUCAUGGGACUUUAUUCUCAAGAGCAGCUCGUGGGAGGUGGAAGGGCUUCCUGAUGAAAUCAACUCUGCUUUAUACAUAAGUUACCAAGACCUGCCUAGGGAUAUCAAGCGAUGUUUCUUGUAUUGUUCAUUGUUUCCUAAAGGAAGAUAUUUUAAGAUUAUGAAUGCAAAAAACCUUUGGAUCCAGGAGGGGCUCAUCCAUGAUGAAAAGAAUAAAUCAUCGCAUGAUGUUGCACAAAGGUACUUCAGAAUACUAGUACAGAGGAACCUCGUGAUACUAGAUCGAGUAUACAUAGAAGCAGCCUAUUUUAAGAUGCAUGACCUUGUCUACUCACUCUCACAGUUUUUAACUAGAAACGAGAAUCUUGUCGCUACAGAAGAAAAAGAGAUUUUAAAUUCUGAAUUCGAUGGAAAGAUAAAGAAGCUACGACGUUUUUCUUUUGUAGGCGGCCCCCAUGAAACGACUAAAAUCACAAAAAAAUGUCUGCAAGAACAUGUGUCGUUGAGGACCCUUUUGAUCUUCAAUAGAACCAUUGGUAAUAUUGACAAUGCCCUCUUCAAUCAUCUUCGUUAUCUUCGGACACUAUGGCUCCAAGGAACUAAAGUUACAGAGUUGCCUGAAUCUCUAGGUUCCCUCAAGCUGCUAAGGUACCUAAACCUAUCGCAGACUCCAAUAAAGGAGUUGCCCAUAACAAUCCAAAACCUCAAUGCUUUGAGGAUUCUUGAUGUUUCUGAGUGUGAAAACCUCCGUAAUCUUCCUUCAUGCAUUAUGAAGUUGCAUCAUCUAUGUUCUCUUACAACUAAAGGUUCCGCAUUGGAUCAUCUACCUCCGGGAGUGGGAAAUUUGAACAAACUACAACUUCUUGAAUUCAUUGUGCCUCUAGACCAGGAUAUUGCACGGGAAUCCUCUACUGUUAAGGAGUUGGAGAGACUCACGGAGCUAAGGCAAUUAAAUUUGUACAAGCUGGAGAGGCUGUUGGACAGCUCUCAAGCAAAAAGUGCUUCUCUCAAAGACAAACCACACCUCAAAGAACUCGAACUGAGUUGCUCCGAGAGAGAUUCUAAUGAAGUUUCUACAGAUGAUUCCGGCAGAAUUGAGGAGGUCUUUGAGGAUCUCCUCCCUCCAGUCGAACUAAAAAUUCUUAAAAUUACCAACUAUUUUGGAUGCAAGCUACCAAGUUGGCUGGGAUCUCGACUAUUUAACAUUCGAUUUUUGAAAAUAACUGGUUGUGGCAAUUGCAAGAAACUUGAUGGAUUAGGAUUGCUGCCUUUCUUGGAAGCAUUUUAUAUUGAAGGUGCAUCAUCAAUAAAAAGCAUUGGCCCCGAAUUCUACACAAACAAAAACAUAGAAAAUGGUGCAAAUCAAAAUUCUGUCUUAUUUCGAAGUUUGAAGCUAUUGAGCUUUGAAAAAAUGGAUAGCUGGGAGGAGUGGAGUAGUUUGGGGAAAGAUAUACGUGUGAUGCCUUGUUUGGAGGUUUUGCAAAUUUAUGCAUGCCCAAAGCUCAAGUGUAUUCCCGAAGAAGUCCUGUCAGAUAGAUAUUUGAAGAAAAUAAGAAUAUGCAAGGCUCCCCAACUCCUCCUAAAAAAGCUGCACAACCUUAUUUUUCUAAAAAUCAUUGAAAUUGGAAACAUCCCUUACCUGGAGAAGAUCUCGGAAGUUCCGGCGCUUGAACGACUAAAGAUAGAGGACUGUCCGGGGAUUAACUUGGUGGAGCUUACACAUACAUUGCAGAAUAUCGAUUGGAAAGACUUCAAUGCUGACUCACUUCCAAUGUGGUUUUCCACUCAUGGCCAUGAGGAUGACAACAACAUAAAAGCCACUUACCUACAAAUAAGUUGCAAAGAGGAAUUGGUGAGGAAGAUAUGCGUCAAUGAUGUUCAUGAGUGGUCUAAAAUCCAACAAUUUGACAACAUCUCUGUCUUGGACGAGAACGAACGUUUAAGGCUCAUCCACCCCGAAAUGCCCAAUAGCUUCGCUAAGUAUGACGGGCAAGUUAAAUGGGCAGACGUCUCAGGUCAAGUAGAUGAGGAGGAGCUAAUUAUACUUAAAAUACGACGUGGCGAAGUGGAGGAGCCCCUUAUGGGUGAAUUCAUGUGUGCAUCGGACACGAGUCUUGAAAAAUCGUCAGAAGAAUGACGCGGAGUAUCUUUAUUUGCUGUGCCGGAGGAUCAUUUUAUCAAACACCUGAAUAGUUAGUUAGAAUAUACUCCAUUACUUUCUGCUUUAGGCCGUUAUAGCACAUGUGCUCCUUUUUAUUUCAGUAGUUAAUUUUAGUAUAGUAUUGGAGGAGUGAGCAGGAUACUUAAGGGAAGGGAAGGAGGAGAAGCAGAGUCUUUUAGUUUUUUCUGAGUUUAUACAAACAGUUUACUGUUCCAUUGUUUUUACUUCUUGUUGCUAGUAAACCAUUUGUGCAGGGACCUACAUCAAA